AGUUAGCUCUGUUUACGAUUGAUUUGUUUACAUCUGCUCGCAACAGCAUGCAAUAUCGCAAGGCUUCCGCGAGCGAUUUCCACAAUAAAUUCCGUCGAAAUAAUGACGAGCGCUGCAAAUAAUCUGACCGGUGUCGAACAGGACGAACAGUGCACUGAUAUAAACGAUGUGUUUGAGGACAUCUUUCUAACCGAAGAACGUAUCGUCGAUGAACACUUCCACCAGGGAAUCGAAGCCGGCCAGUACGAAGUGUCGAACCAGGAGAUAGAAGACUACGGUUACCGGUCAGGAUUAGAAAUUGGACAAGAAAUUGGCUUUUACCACGGCAUUGUAACGACAAUUGCAUCCCAACCGGAGUCAACAUCCAACGAGAAAGCAUACACCAUUUUGCAGGAACUGUUAACUGCCCUUGAAAAGUAUCCACACGAGAACGAUCAGAGCGUAGAGCUGUUGCACAGUUUGCAACAGAUUCGGAACAAAUUUCGACGCCUGUGUGCGCUGCUGAAAGUCCCCUUCAAGUAUACGAAAACGAAUGAUCUUUCGUUUUAAACCGGUCGCGAUGGAACGGAUCAGGCAGCAGGUGGAUACGAUCGUACGCUUCCUAGCGCCGAACAUGGAAUUCGUCAACUGCCACAUGGUGGAUUAUCUCACGGAGCAACACUGGAAGCGGUUUGUACCGGAGCCGAUACAGCAGGUGCUACGAACGGGUGACGAUUACCGGGAGGCAAAGGAACUGUUCUGGAGUCAGUUCGAACCGGGGUUCGAAAGCGAUGGUCGUUAUCCGAGCAUAAAAGCAUUCAUCGACAACACGCGCCAAUAUCGACUGGGUGGAAGCAAAGUGCAAGAUACUGCACUCACGCUGGAUGAAUUUAAAGAAGCGCUUUCGAAUCAUCGGAAGGACACGAGGCUGAAAAUGACGGAACUGAUGAAUGUGAAAAAGUGCCACGAGGUAGAGGUAGCUGCUGCGGCCGUGGCUUCGCUCUGCACAGCUAUGGUUUCGGGCACAGGCUCAGCAGCAAGGCUGGAAGAUAUUUUGGUGAUUGAUGCGGGCGAUGGGAAAGGCUACCUGUCGUCGAGAAUUGCCCUAGAGCACGGAAUCAAGGUUCUUGGCGUGGAUUGUAACGAGGAGAAUACAAGCAAUGCAGAAAAGCGCCUAGAGCGGCUUAAGAACAAAAUUCCCAAAGCGGUCCGCAAAUCCAACCUGGAAGAGGACGAACAUUUCACCAAUCUAGUGAGGGAAAACAACCUAAACACGCUCUACCGAACGGCCACCCAGCUGAUCGAUUUCAACACGAACCUGAUCGAGCUGGCAGCCGAAUACUUUCCCACCGGCAAUCACAGCACUUUCUGUCUGUGUGGUUUGCACACGUGCGGCAACCUGGGCCCAAACUGUCUCCGCCUUUUCCACGAAAACCCUACCAUCGAGGGAAUCUGUAACGUUGGCUGCUGUUACCAUCUGAUGCAGGAACAGUUCGUAGUGGAUGAGUUUUACAACCCAACCAAAGCGGCGGACAAUCCGGGCUACGGGUUCCCGAUGAGCAGCUACCUACGGGAACGAUCCUUUGCCCUGGGACGCAACGCCCGCAACCUGGCGGCCGAAUCGAUCGAACGGGCGUGUGCGAACCGUGAAAAUCCUAGCGACAAGCUGGGCUACCGCGCCCUGCUGCAGGUAGUGUUUCUGGAGCGUGGCGAGAAAAAAUCGCACCAGGUCGGACGGCUCAAGUGUGGCGGGUUUGUGGAGUACGUAAGAAAAUCCGUCCGACGGUUAGGGCUGACGGAAAGUGUAACGAUUGCGGACGAGUGUUUGUUGGAGCUGCAGGCCCGGUUUGCGGUGGAGCUGGAGCAGCUGAAAGUGUUCUACCUGUUACGGCAACAGUUUGCACCGGUCAUCGAAACGUUAAUCCUGCUCGAUCGCUUGCUGUACCUGCGGGAGUGUGGGUACGAACGUAGCUUUCUGGUGAAACUGUUCGAACCGGUCGUAUCGCCACGAUGUUACGCUUUAAUAGCACAGAAAUAGAAACCUGCGGAUGCGAAGAUUUGUUUUUCAUCAA